AUGGAUUUUCUUCUCUCAGAUAACCCAAAAGAAAUGUUGUCACCUGGGAAGAAAAGCCAGCAUACACUAACAAUUAAAGUAAUAUCUGGGGAAAAUCCAAAAAGUUCGUUAAAUAAGAACAUAUUCAUCAGAUUAAUGAAAGGUGAUGAAUUAAUAUCAGAUGUAUCACAAUCCUUAACAUGUACGACUUCGUUUUCACAGUUCUAUCACACAUUUAAAGUACCAAUUGAAAAUAUAAAUGAUCAAAAUAAUGAUUAUUGCAUUGAUAUAUGCACACUAGAAAAUAACGAAACUAAUGUUAUAGCUUCAACCAAUCAAUUUUCGUUAAACACACAAGAAAUUCUAAAUUCUUUUCAAUAUACCACAAUUAAUAGAGACUUAUACGAACCUUCAACAAAUAAUGUUGUUGGCCAGCUAACUUUACGCAUCAAAUCCAAAGAAAUUGAUAAUUGUAUCAAAUUUAGCAAUUCAAAUUUGAGUGAAAACAGCAAAGUUAUAAUAAAUCGAAUACCAUUGAGUGAUGAUACAAAGAACGAAUAUAAUUUCAUGUCAGAAGAAUGCUUUAAACUUUGUUCUCAAGAAUCAGCAGAAAAUCUCUUUGGAACUUCAUCAGAUGACGAAAAGGAUGAUAACAAUAGCUUUGCAAGCUUCAGUUCAUCAAUGCUCUCUCCUAUGCAUACUCCAAUACGUGAUAUAGAUUCCAUUUUAGAUGAAGAUCAUAAAACUGAAAGAAGUAUUGACAUUUUCUUCGAAAGAAAGAUAAUUUCUGGAUUUGGCCGCACUAGAACGGAACCAUACUUUGACAUUGCAAUUGACCAACCAUCUCCAACUAAACUUCUCACAACGAGAUCAUUGUCUCAAGAAGAACUCUCUCCUCGCGCAGAAGUUUAUUCACCAAUAAAGAAGAGCCCAUCAAUUGACAGCUUACUUGCACAAGGAUCUACUUCUUUAUUCAAUCAAAUCAAUCUUUCGACUGACUCGGAAGAUGAAAAAGAACUCAGUUUUGUAAAUUAA